UGUAUUGAUAAAAUAAUAUAAGAUAUUAUUAAAUAAAGAUAUAUAAAAAUGAUAUCCUAAUCAAACUGGGGAACACGUGAAUUCUUACAUUUACAAAAUAAACACAUGUAAACAUAAAUUGGCCAUUUUAUACCUGUACUGAGUAAAUAAAACUUUGAUGGCUAUACCUUAAUGCACUACUGUUAAGUCCAACAUCAUGCUGUCUGUAGAAACCAAAAAUGCGUUCCUUACUCAAGAUUACUUUUAGCAUCAUGCAAAUUCUCUUCUGGAGUUGAACUUUCCGCGGAAGACGUGUUUGAGGCAAAUAACGCGCGUUUGCGUCAAAAAAAGCCAAUUUGGGUCAUUCGCAUUGCCCCGCGCGAAUUUGCAUCUUUACAUUGAUGUUGUAUCAUGUAAUCUACUCGCGCAAAUAAUUAAUCCACACCACAGAAUUAAAAGACAGUAAUGCUGCUUUUAUUUGUUGUCGGAUUUUUCUGCUCGUGAUCACCAUGUGACUGCGCGAAUGAAAUCUGACACCAGCAUUGCAAGCAGUUAAAGCAGCUAGUGCAUAGUGACUGGAUAUCAACUCGCUGGAAGGCGUUUAAGUUUUAUAUCCCAGCGCGCAGAUCAUGCGGGCACGCAACACACUAACUGAAGUACAGGGAAUAUAAAACGGACAGAUUUGAAUGGAUAAACCGAAAAACCGCAAAUCACAUGCGUGAAUUGAACCGUGGGGGUCGAACCGACCGGUUCAAUAUUGUAUUGAGAAUUGUGGCAUCCCUAGUGCGUGUUUAUUGUACUUAUGUUUAUUUUUCUGUACAGCACUUUGGACAACUUUGGUUGUUGUAUAGUGCUUAACAAAUAAAGUUGGUAUGGUAAGUUUAGCUGUUUAAAAAAAAGACCGUUGCAAUUUAAAUAAUAAGCUACAAAAACCAAUGCAAAAGACAAAUCAAAAACCUCUGUGUUCAGCGAAUCAUUUUCACGGCAAUAAUUAUUUAAGCCAAUCAGAAUUGACACCUCUGCUACGUUGGUGGCGCACGCAGGAAGAAGCGCGCGACAUGAUGAAGACGGCGGCGCGCUGGUGAACUACUCUGCUGUUUUCGACGAAGCAACACUUGUGAGAGUUUUUUGAUUCAAUACCAGGAAUUGGAACAAUAGCUAUCUGGAACUUCUGGAACUGAGAUCAGUCAGAAGCCUUCAAGCUCAAACAUUAAUGAUGGAUGAUGUAGACAGUGGUCUUUCUGACUUCAUUUACUCUGUGCUGCCAAAUUCAAGUUCAAAUGACCUGCUGUUAGAGGCUCUUCAGACCCUGGGUGUGGAAACCGUUGAAGAUUUAAAAUAUGUCCAGGAGGCAGAUCUUGUUAAUACCCUCAGGCCAAUUGAAGCUCGAAAAUUGAUUGCGACAUUUAAAGCUUUCUCUGAAAAGGAUGCCAAAGAGAUUCCUCAUCUGCCUACCAGAGCUGAGCCAGAAAGAUUGUUAAGCACACACACAGGAACAAUGCCAUGCAGAGACCAUCCAUCUACAAGUGAAUACAGUACAGAUCAUUCCAACUCUCCACAGUCUUCCUCAAGCUCAAGUGAACUCUCAACUCCUCAUAGAAACACUCCAGUGGAUAACAACUGGCACUUCAAUUUUGAGAUGCCCUGGAGUAAAAUGCCGUCAGAACUUACCAGAAAGCUUGAAAAUAAAGAGCGGCCAACAGGACGUGAAAGACGUGAAAUGAUUCGCCUGAUGUUAGGAGAGAUUCUAACCAUCUGCCCUGCACCAGGGAAGAAACAUCUCUGUGAAAUUGCCAGGAAGAUUGUUUUAAGAUAUCCUCUGUCAUUUAGAGAUGUUAUUGAAGAUCAAGUUGUUGGUAGUGGCUAUGACUCCCUUACCAAGCAGCUGCAGGCUAGACUUGACAACAUGAAAAGAGGGAAAACCUCACUUUACCUGAGAAGACAGACGUCCAGCACAAGUGACGGAGAAGACCCACCUUCCAAGAAAAGAAGAGUGGACACAUAUGGGUGCACAAAUUGGCAACCAAAACGGCUGCCACUGGGUGAAACUGAGGAGACUCAGAAAUGUGCACAAGAAGAAUUAAAGAACAUGCACAAAAACAAAAGCAAGAACACCAAAAGUAUUAAAGAAAAAAUGCUGGCUACUUUCUACACUCAGAGAAGCGACAUAAGUAGAAUGGAAAUCCCUGUUUUGGUAAAAGAGUGGCCAUAUCUGUUUGAGAUGUGCGGGAUAAUGGUCCACUUCAAAGAGCUAACAGAUAUGGAUGUUGACAAAGGAGCCAUCUCAAGUCAACACAGUCUCACACCCUAUUCGUCACAUACUGCCGUUUGGUCAUGACCCCCUCACGUUCAUAGCCGACGUUGAGGGUACCCCCUAUUCGUCGCUUGAAAACGUAGAGGGUCGUCCUAUAGAUUUGAAUGCAAACCCCUCAUCUUUGAAUUUUGACGAAAUGGGUUUAUCGGUUUGCCUGCGCAAUAUGGUUUUAGGCGAUUGAUUUUAUGCUGCAAAUGUGCAUUUUGCGCAAGCGUG